AUGUCGCAACCUGAGAGUACCAGACCCCGUGGUCGUCAAAAGCGUCCCAGGGUCCCGGAGGCCUUGCGGAAGAGGGUUGCGCAAGCAUGCGAUUCGUGCAGAUACCACAAGGAGAAAUGCCAUGGCGGUUUACCUUGUGUGCGAUGCCAGCGAUAUAAGCGGACAUGUCAAUACAGCCAAGUUGAUAAGCGCUCAGAGCGGGUAGUCCAAUCGAACGUUUCGAGGUAUCCUGUCAGUCAUUCCCCACUGCCGGCGUCGGACAAGCAACGACACCUGGAGCGGAUUGUACAGCAUUUUUUGGGUGACAUAUCGUUGGAGGCGUCAAAUCUGCGAGUUGUUGCGGAUAUGCUGGAGGGGAAUCGCUCAGAAUCUCGCAAUGCAUCCAUAUCAGGCCCAAACCAGGAAGACUACGAAGACGGCGCCGUAAUGGACAGCUAUUCCAUUCAUCCGCUUUCCACUAGUACAAUGCACUACUCUGGAGAGUUCUCUCACUGGAAUUACUCGCGCAUGAUUCGCCGCCGACUGCAGAGCCUUGGGAAUGACCCCGAUGACAAUGCGGCAGGCGACGUUGCGAUAGCCAAUGACUCAUUUCGUGCAACCAAACUCCAGUCCACCAGUUCGCUCGUCAAGUCGUCCACAACGUACUUUCCCCCACGACAUAUUGCCGAGUUCCUGACGAACAAUUUUCUAGAGUACGCACAGACGAAUUACUUUUAUUUCGACGAGAUAGUGUUCCGGCAGAAAUUAGACUACUAUUACACCAUUGAACGUCCGUUGGACAUCAAUGACGCCGGCUGGAUAUGUACAAUUCUAAUGACAUUUGCAAUUGGAACGCAGUUCGCUUACAUGAACGGCGACCGUUCACAGGCCUUGCGCGACCCGCCCGGCGAAAAUAGUCUGCUUGACGAUAACAUUGGGUUGGCUCUCUAUCGGCAUUCAUGUCGCUUGAUUCCCGAUUUAAUUACUAUUGCUUCAAUCGAGACAGUUCAAGCAUUUCUGCUGCUCGGUGUCUACACACUCCCCAUUGAUACUUCCGGUCUUGCUUACACUUAUUAUGGGCUGGCUAUCAACAUGGCCAUCCAAAAUGGGAUGCAUCGUCGGUUCGCGGGUGAUGGCUUGGAUGCACGGACAAUCGAAGUUCGGAACCGUCUUUGGUGGUCAGCGUAUUCAUUGGAGAAUAUACUUCACGGGCGUCCCUUCUCUGUGUCCGCUGCUGAGACAGACGCUGAGCUGCCCAAAGACUUGCCUGAACUGAGACCACCUAAUCGUGCGACCAACCUCCCUAAUGUCAAUGCUACUAUUCACUUGACCGAACAGCUUGGAAAGGUCGCACAUAUCAUAGGCCGGCUACGGCGCCUUCCACGAGGCUUGCACCAGCCCUUUUUAGAACAACUGUUUUACAUUCACAAUGAAAUCAUAAGAUGGUGGGACUCUCUCCCCGAGAAGGUGCAUUGUCGGGACCUCGAUCCUUCGGGCCCCCUUUUCCGCUGCAAUAUCCACAUGGAAUUAAAUUAUGCUAUGCUCAGGCUGUACAUGGGCCGCCCGUUCAUCCUGAUUCAACCAAAAGACUCGUCAAGUGCAGGAGAAGUUGAUCCCCAACGCGACCCAGGUCCAGACAUCACCGCGACUUUGUCCUCUGAUGGUGUACAUGCUGCUAUCAGAAUCAUCGAGCUCUGCCAAUUGCUGCAGGACACGGUCGGGUUAGCCCGCAUUUCAUACACGGAAUUCAGUUCCUGUCGUGCUGCGCUCCUGGCGAUCAUUGCUCAAAGCUUGAAUGCGCGACCGGACUACCUACGUGAUUCCCUUUUGCAAGGAAUGGCUUUGAUCCGUCAAAUGUGCGUUGGUCUAGAAUCGGCUCGCUCAGAGGUAGCGGUCAUUGAGGCCCUGGAGCAGGCGGCGCGGCGUCUGGAUCAUCGUAGCCGAAGUGAGGAUACAGCCACCAGCCAAGUCGAUUCCGCCUAUAGUCAGUUCCAGCGUUGGGCUAGACUGUGGCAGAACGAGCCUUCGUCUUUGAGUGUCAUGCCAGAGAGUCAACUUGAUGACCCUCAAAUAACUGCCGGUUCGUUCGAUGGAUUCUUCGCGUCUUUCCCACAAGAACUUGGAUCUUUUGCGACCCUUCAUGAUGCCGAAUUGCAGUUCAGCCUAAACUCACCAAGCAUGCUGUGGCUGGACAAUCUCCAACUACCGCCGUUUUCUGAAGACACAAGUGCUCCAGCCUGGGAGGCUGGCAAUGCAUGA